CAAAAACUUUGUGGAGAACAACAUCUCUGAGUCAAACCCUGAGAUCUCUGAGGAGAGAACACGGUUCCACAAAGAACAGAGACCGGUAACCAGCCUGCUCUUACCAUGAGGGUGUUUCUGGCUUCAAUUUUUGUGCUUCUUAUCCCCAUCAUUCGGGCUCAGGUUCCCCACUGGGGUCCGUGUCCAGAACCAGAAGUCCAGCCCGCCUUCAUCCUUAAACAGUUCAUGGGGAGAUGGUUCGAAAUUGCCAAGCUGCCGGCCCAGUUUGAGAAGGGCCGCUGCAUCGAGACCAAUUUCACUCUGACGACGGACAACUCCAUUCGAGUGGUCAGCUCGGAAAUACUAAAAGGAGAGGUGAGGAAAAUCGUGGGGACCGGAGUGAUAGAGGAUCCAAAGAAUCCAGCUAAACUGGGAAUAACCUACUCCUACGUCCUCCCUUACUCCCCUUACUGGAUCCUGUCCACUGACUACGUGAACUUUGCCCUGGUGUACUCCUGCACCGACGUCCUCAGGCUCUUCCAUGUGGACUUCGCCUGGAUCCUGGGCCGCACCCGGAGCCUGCCGGACGCCACCGUGGAGAAGGCCAGGGAGACCUUCGCCACCAACAACAUCGACGUGACCCGGAUGAUCCCCAGCAGGCAGCAGGGAUGUGACAAAACUCUCUGAGGCUGUGGCGGAAAAGCAACACAAGAUGGCGCCGUUGCUGGUGGAAGAAAAGAAACGAUUGCAGAUUUUUUUUUCUCCCCACUAUUUCUACAGAGAAGAGUUUUAAUAUUUUAUUUCAGUUGUAAUGAGUAGAGUAAUCUUAUCUGUUUGCUUGCUGAUUAAAGUACAUAAUGUCAUAUGAAAAAGCUUUAUGUUUAUCUGGAAAAAUAUUUGCUAAAACAUUUUGCCUUUUUUAACCAGACAUCUCUUAACCCUCAGUGGACUAGAUUAAUUUUAUUAGAAGGAAACAUCUGUGCUUUUUUUUCAGUGAAAGCACAUGAUACUAAUUGCUCUAUUUGUCUCUCAAACCGCAAACAUGAAGGAUCUCAUUAGUCCUAUUAGAGUCAGGAAAACGUGAUCUCUGUUGAUUUUGUGACAAAUUAACAUGAAGCAUUUUUAUGGGAUUAUUCACCUCAACCAGAUGCCAGUUAUGUUUUUGAUGACUGAUAUAAAACCUUUGUGGAAUAUGUAUUAAACUGCAGAAUAUAAUCUAUGGAUGCUUAAACAAUAAAAUGUGCUACUUGGAAGAGUUUUCAAUUAAACAAUUUGCAGAAGAGAAUAAAAAUCUUUAUGUUUUGAAAGUAAAAACUCUGUUUCAAAACAGUUAAUAUUUUAUUAAAUAUUUAAUCUCAGACAUUAAAUAAACUUGCUGUAAUUUUGUUGUUGAUUUUUUAUUUUAUUUUUUUCAUUAUUCAUUUUUAAAACAAUGUGUUCAUGCAACCAUUUUCUGUCUCAAUUACUUUUUGUUUGUAGCGAAAAACUCUUAUUAGAUUCCUGUUGCUUUUUACUUCACUAUGUAUUGAAAAAUAAUUUAUAGUUAAGGUCAAGAUUAUUCACACUUCUUGCAGAUUUUGGUUUAAAUAAUUUUUUAAAACUUUAAUCAACAGUUUUACUAGAAGUAAAGUAAAUAUGUUUUUUUUUUUUUUUUGACUGAUGCUCUUCUGAUAUAGUUUUAUUUUCUUUUGAGACAUACAAGCACCAGAAAUAAACAUUUUUGGUUGAAUGAAAGUCAUUCAAAAAUGAAAUCUGCAGUAAUUUUGAGUUUAUCUGUACAUGAGCUUGCAGACAAAGUAAAUAACCUUGUUUUAUAAA